AAGAAUUUAUGACUUGAAAUUGGUCCACCACCAUUCCUUUGAACUCCUGGAUCUGAUAUCCAAAGAGAUUAAAGCUUUGGACCCAAAAAUGGUUGAUUCCUUAUGUGAGGCACUAUAUGAAGCAGCGGGUAGAGGAAAUGUGGAGUUUUUUGUGAGCGUGCUGCAAAUGGUUCCUGAACUCAUAUGGCAUCAGAAUGAAAAGGGGUCGACCAUUUUCAUACAUGCUAUCGAAAUUCGUCAGCCCAAAAUAUUUUCUCUCCUACAUGGCUUUGGUUCUAAACAAGCAAUGGCUACUGAGACCGAUAACAGUGGAAACAAUAUGUUACACAUGGCGGGACUAUUGGCACCACCCAGCCAACUUAAUAAAAUUCAUGGUGCAGCCUUACAAAUGCAAAGGGAACUACAAUGGUUUAAGGAAGUAGAGAGAGUCAUGACAGCUGACCGUUUGGAAAGUAAGAAUGAUAAAUCGAAGACACCACGAGAGUUAUUUACAGAAAGCCACAGUGAGUUGAUGAAACGUGCAGAAGAAUGGAUGAAAGAUACAGCCUCUUCUUCAACUGUUGUUGGUGCUCUCGUUUUUACAGUAAUGUUUGCCGUAGCAUUCACUGUGCCUGGAGGAAAUAAUCAAGAUUCAGGUUAUCCUAUUUUCUUAGGACGCAAACUAUUCGACAUUUUUAUCGUAUCAGACGCCAUAUCACUCUUUUCUUCUGUGGCUUCAGUCUUAAUGUUUCUAGCAAUCUUAACAUCGCGUUACGCAGAAGAAGAUUUUCUCAAAUCCUUACCCACAAAAAUGAUGAUAGGCCUUACCACACUUUUCGUAUCACUUGCAAGCAUGACAUUAGCAUUUUCUGUUGCGCUUCUCAUCAUGGUUGGCUCACAAAUUUGGCUUAGAAAUUCAGUCAUUGUUUUAGCUUCCCUUCCGGUCCUCUUGUUUAUAUGGCUCCAGUUUUCCCUCAUUUUUGACAUGUUUAUGUCUACUUAUGGUCCAAGCAUUUUUUAUGGGAAAGUUGAUCGCUGGCGGAAUUAUUACCGGCGGAGAAAGUCCGCCGGUAUUAAUACUAUUUUUACCGGCGGAAAACGUAGUCCGCCGCCAUUCGGAUUCCUCUCUGCCUAUCUUAGUGGACUCCGUUCUUUGAAAAGAGAUUGGCCAUUAUUACUCUUUAAUCCAAUGGAGUCUGGAUUCUCAGCAAGCCAUCGUUCAAGAAGGUCGAAUGGAGUCUAG